AUGAAAGGCAUUCAGGGCCCGCAGGAUCUUAAAGUGAUUGACCUCCCGGAUCCAACCCCUGCCCCGGGCGAAUACCUGAUCCAAGUCCGCGCCUCGGCGACAAACUUCUUUGAUCUCCUACAAAUCCGCGGCAAGUACCAACACCAGCCCCCAUUCCCAUGGAUCUCGGGCCUGGAAUUCGCCGGCACAGUCCUCGCCGCCGGUGCCUCCGCCAAAAAGUUCAAAGUCGGUGACCGCGUCUUCGGUGCCAAACAAGGCGCAUAUGCCACAAAAAUAUGCGUCAAGGAGCCAGUACUGCACCCUGUGCCCGAAAGCUGGGGAUUCAACGACGCGGCGGGGCUCUACGUUACUGCGCCUACCAGUUAUCAGGGGCUUGUUGGCCGGGCCGGUGUGAAGAAGGGGGAUUGGGUUCUUGUGCAUGCGGGCGCGGGCGGCGUGGGUUUGGCGGCAAUUCAAAUCGCGAAAUAUUUCGGUGCGAAGGUUAUUGCCACUGCGUCCACCGAUGGGAAGUUGGAGGUUUGUAAACGGUUUGGGGCAGAUUAUGCAAUCGAUUAUUCCAAGGGCACCUGGCCGAAGAGUGUGCUGGAGAUUACCGGUGGGAAGGGAGUAGACAUUGUCUAUGAUCCUGUGGGCCUUGUGGAACAGAGCCUAAAGUGCAUCGCUUGGAAUGGGCGGAUAUUGAUUAUUGGGUUUGCGGGCGGGAAGAUUGAGAAGGUUGCUAUGAAUAGGGUCUUGCUGAAGAAUGUUUCGUUGGUGGGCUUACAUUGGGGGCGGUAUACCGAGAUCCAGAAUGAGAAGGGGACCGUCGAGGAUGUAUGGAGUGGGAUUCUGGGAAUGAUUAAGGACGGUGGGUUUAGGUCUACCGUCUAUCGAGGAGAAGAAUUUGUGGGAUUGGAGAGCGUACCAAGGGCGUUGAAGGCUCUGGGUGCUAGGGAGACGUGGGGAAAGGUUGUCGUCAGUGUGCCCAAGGAGGGUGAAAGCAAACUUUAG